UGAAUGCAGCAGCCUCAUCUUUUUACUGUUAGUUUCGUAAACAUCAAACAUGUUUUCGGCGGUCUCGCGCAGCAGCCUCGUCGGGUGACGUCACCACCAGCAGCUUCAUCAGGAUCCCUGAAGACGAGGUCGACCUGUCAGCAUGCAGUCGGAGCUGCUGAUUGGGUGGCAGCAGGAGAAGGCGGAGCUUAAGCGGGAGGUGUGCCAUCUGCAGGAGGAGCUUGCUGAGAGUCGAGCAGAGAGGGAGGAGCUGGAGUCCAGGAGCAGAGCUCUGAAUGACAGGCUGUACCAGUCAGUGUCUCCCUCCCUCGCCCUCUCUCUGCAGGGGGAGGGGGAGCAGAGGGAGUGGAAGAGGAGGGAGAGGGAUGGUAGGGAGAGGGAGGCCCGGCAGGCUCUGCUCAUCCACCGCCUGCAGAACAAGGUGUUGGAGUACAGAGAUCAAUGUCAACGAUCGGAGCUCCAGCUGGAGGACGUAAACACACAACUGCUCAGCACCGAGUGCAGGAUUAGAGACGAACACAGCGACGCUCUGGAGAGCGCCCUCAUCAGACUGGAGGAGGAGCAACAGAGGUCUCUUGGAUUGGCGGACACCAACGCUCUCCUCCGGCAGCAGUUCAGCCAAUCGGAGCAGGCCAACCUGGCCUUGAGGGAGGACCUCCAGAAGCUGACAUCUGAUUGGACCACGGCGUUGGAGGAGGCGGGGCAUAGAGAGGAUGAUUGGCAGAGAGAGAGGGAGUGCCUCGCAGGUCACCUGGGGCAGCAGCAGGCGCGCCUGAUGUCCGUCUGGAGGGCCGUGGUCGCCCUCAGGAGACACUGCCACGCCCUGAAGACCGCCGCCGACAGGUGUGUGGAGCAACCUAGGGAGAAGGAGAGGGAGAAAGAGAGGAGAGAGGAGAAGGAGAGGGAGAAAGAGAGGAGGGAGGAGAAGGAGCAAGAGAUUUCAGAGUUGAAGGUUCUUCAUGAGACAAAAGUGUUCCAGCUGACAGAACGCAUUGAGGAGCUGUCUCGCUCUCUGCAGAAGGAGGACUGUCAGGAGGAGAGACAUCGAGACACGGAGAGGAGUCUUCAGUCAGUCAGCCAGGCUGUGGUCAAACUGUCCAGAGUGCUGGGCAGCAGCAGUCGGGCCGUGUCCCCGGACGGCGUCCUCAGUCUGGACCUGUCCUCCCUGCUGUCUGUGCUGUCCCACGCCGAGAGCGCCCUGCAGUGGAGACACGAGGAACUGCAGGGGGCGGAGCUCUCUCUGCGUAGGCUCCAUGAGGAGAAGACAGCUGUUGAGCUACGACUGAAACAGCUGGAGGACGACAACCAGCUGCUGAAUACACACUCCCAACACACACAGCUGGAGCUCACACACACUCUGGACCUCCUGAGCAGGGAGCGCGAGGCGUCGUCCUCACUGCGUCUCUGGUUGGAGGAGGUGCAGAAAGAGAAGGAUCGUCUGAGGAAGGAGAGAGACAGACAGGAGGAGAGAAACAGAGAGCUGGAGGCGGAAACACUGAGACGAGUGGAGGCUGAAGUGUUGGAGAACGUCCAGCUGACGGAGAGAGAGACUCUCCUCCGGAUGGAGAUCCACUCCCUGAAGGGGGCGCUGGAGCAGCAGCUGCUGGACCGGCAGAGAGCAGAAGAAGAAGCCUCCGACUCCAGAGACGCCCUGCAGAAGGCCAGAGGCAGCGUGGUGAGCCUCUCCUCCUCCCAGUGCGCGUUGAGGAAGGAGGCGCAGGAGGAGCGCCACGCGCUGGACAAGAUGGCCGCCCUGAACGCCUCGCUGGCGCUGGACAAGAAGGAGCUGAACCAACAGCUGCUGCAGCUGGAGGGUGAGCUGUCAGACAGCCAAUCACAGCUGAGGUCAGUGAGGUCAGAGGUCAUCUCUCUGCAGAGGGAGGUCAAGACCCUCCACCUGGACCUCGCCCAGCUCAGAGCUCAACGAGAGGAGGAGGCCGACAUCGUCCGUCAGCUCCGAGGAGGAGAGAGAGAGAUGGAGAGAACGCUGGAGGAGGAGAAGAGGCUGUUGGUCUCCCUGAAGGAGGAGAGAGGGAGGGAUGAAGAUCAGCUGGAGGAGCUCUCCUCCCAGCAUGCCUCAGUGUGUGUGGAGCUGAAGGAGGCGCAGCAGCAGCUGAGGCAGCAGGAGGAGGAGCUGAGGAGGAGAGAGCGGCAGCAGGAGGAGCAGCGGUGGGAGAGCAGGAGGCAGCAGGAGGAGCAGGAGCACCUCCUGAGAGAGAGGGAGCAGCUGCAGGAGGAGCAGAAGGAGCUCAGGUGUGUGCUGGAGGCCCUGCAGCAGCAGCUCCACCAGCAGGUGGAGCAGCUCUCCCAGUCGGAGGUGGACAGGAGUCAGCUGGUCACUCGGGUCGUCACCGUGCAGCAGGUCAAAGCAGCGCUACAGGGGGAGAUCGAGUGUCUACGAGCAGAGCUGGAGAGAACGACGACCAGGAGAGAAGAGGAGGAGGAGAGGAGGAAAGAGGAGAGGAAGAGCAGUGAAGAGGAAAAGGAGGCUCUGAGGGGAGAAACUGAGAGGCUGACGGAGGAGGUGGAAGACCUGAAGAGGAGGAGGAGAAGGGAGGAGGAGGAGGAGAAGAAGGCCUGGCAGAGAGAGAGGGAGGCUCUGAGCGAGGAGCUAGGGAUGAGGGACGGAGAGGUGGAGGCACUGAGGAGGCGCACAGAGGGGCUGAUGGAGGAGGAGCGAGACAGACAGAAGGAGGUGGAGAGGCUGAGGGAGGAGGUGAAGAGGACCGAGGUCAGGCUGAGGGAAGAGGAGGUGAAGUGGGAGGAGGAGGUGAAGAGGGUGGAGGUCAGGCUGAGAGAAGAGGAGGUGAAGUGGGAGGAGGAGGUGAAGAGGGUGGAGGUCAGGCUGAGAGAAGAGGAGGUGAAGAGGGUAGAGGUCAGGCUGAGAGAAGAGGAGGUGAAGAGGGAGGAGGAGGUGAAGAGGGCGGAGGUCAGGCUGAGAGAAGAGGAGGUGAAGAGGGUAGAGGUCAGGCUGAGAGAAGAGGAGGUGAAGAGGGAGGAGGUCAGGCUGAGAGAAGAGGAGGUGAAGAGGGUAGAGGUCAGGCUCAGAGAAGAGGAGGUGAAGAGGGAGGAGGAGGUGAAGAGGGCGGAGGUCAGGCUGAGAGAAGAGGAGGUGAAGAGGGUAGAGGUCAGGCUGAGAGAAGAGGAGGUGAAGAGGGAGGAGGUCAGGCUGAGAGAAGAGGAGGUGAAGAGGGAGGAGGAGGUGAAGAGGGCGGAGGUCAGGCUGAGAGAAGAGGAGGUGAAGAGGGCGGAGGUCAGGCUAAGAGAAGAGGAGGUGAAGAGGGUGGAGGUCAGGCUAAGAGAAGAGGAGGUGAAGAGGGAGGAGGAGGUGAAGAGGAAGGAGGAGGUGGAGGCGCUCUGCGACCGGAUGGAAAGAUUAGAAAGAGAGAAGGAGGAGAGGUUGAGGAGUGAAGCAGAGGAGGUGAAAAGAUGGAGGAGGAGGGUGGAGGAGGUGGAGGAGGAGAUCAACAGACUGAGGAAAGAAACCUCUGCGCUACAGGAGGAGAAACGACAGAGAGAGAGACUGCAAGAAAAAGAGGAGGCGAGGAAGAGGAGACUAGAGGAGGAGGUGGAGCUGCUGAGGGUGAGGCUGAGUGUGGCCAAGGAGGAGGAGGAGGAGGUGAAGGAGCAGGUGGAGCGGAGGGAGCGCAGCCUGGAGCGACAGAUGAGCGCCGUGAGGGAGAGGGAGGAGGAGGUGGAGGAGCUGAAGGAGCAGCUGAGGUUGGCUGUGGAGCAGAAGGAGGAGGGAGAAAGGGAGCGUCAGGAGGCGCACGCCAAACUGAAGCAGAGCGCGAGGAGGGAGGAGCAGCAGGAGGCGCUGCUGAAAGAAACAUUGGCGUUCCUCAAGAAGGAGAGGAGGGAGGGAGGAGAAAAGGAUGUGACCAUCUCCUCCCAGGCCAGGGAGCUGCAGGAGGCGCGGGCUGAAGGAGAGGGAGCAAAGAGGAGAGCCAGAGAGAGGGAGGAGGCCUGCGACGGGCUGGAGGAGGAGGUGAAAGAGUCGAGGGAGAAGGCUGAGCGAAGCUUUAAGGAGGUGGCGAAGGGCAACCGUAUCCUGAAGGAGCGAGAGGAGGAGGCGCAGCACCUACGAGCUAUGCUAAAAGAGAUGGAGGAGGAGGACGGGAGAGAGAGGGAGGCGCUCAGGAGAAUGGAGGUGGAGAAGAGGAGAAGGCUGGACGACAAGAUGUUAGAGGUGGAGGAGGAGAAGAAAAGCCUCGAGGAGAAAGUGAGACGGGUGGAGGAGGAGCUGGAGGAGGUGAAGGAGGCCCUGUGGAGAGCAAGGGAGGAGAAGAGGAGGUUGGAUGACAGAUUAGAGGAGAUGGAGGUGCAGGAGAAAAGAGAGGAUUUGAGGAGGACGGAGGAGGAGAAAGAGGAGCAAGGGAGAUUGGUGGAAGCUGGGAGAAGUCAGCACCUCCUUUUGGAGGAAAGAGAGAGGUCCAGAACGAGAGCGCUAGAGGAGGAGAAGGCGAGACUGUGGAGGAGCGAGAGGGAGGUGAAAUCUCUCAGGCAGGAGGUGCAGAAGGAAGAAAGGAAGAAUAAGGAGAUCCAGGAGGAGAUGACAACCCUCAAAGAGGAGGAACAGAGGAGGGAAGAGGAGACGCAGGAAGAGCUGAGGAGGGCUGAGAAGGAGGUGGUAGCUCUAAGAGAGGAGGUGAAAAGAGAACAAUGUGAGAAAAAGGAGGCACAGGAGGAGUGGAGGCGGAGGGAGGAGGCCCAGGAGGAGCUGAGGAGGAUGAAGAGCGAGGAUACAGUGACUGCUCUAAGAGAGGAGGUGCAAAAGGAGCAAAGAGAGAAGAUGGAGGCGCAGAAGGAGCUGAUGAGAAGAGAAGACAUGACAUCACUCAGAGAGGAGGUGCAGAAGGAGAAGGAGUAUGUACAAGAGACAUUAAUGAUGAAAGAGAAGGAGAUGACUGCUCUCAGAGAGGAGGUGCAGAAGGAGAAGGAGUAUGUACAGGAGACAUUAAUGAUGAAAGAGAAGGAGGUGACUGCUCUCAGAGAGGAGGUGCAGAAGGAGAAGGAGUAUGUACAGGAGACAUUAAUGAGGACGGAGAAGGAGGUGCAGAAGGAGAAGGAGUAUUUACAGGAGACAUUAAUGAUGAAAGAGAAGGAGGUGACUGCUCUUAGAGAGGAGGUGCAGAAGGAGAAGGAGUAUGUACAGGAGACAUUAAUGAGGACGGAGAAGGAGGUGCAGAAGGACCAAAGAGAGAAGAUGGAGGCACAGGAGGAGCUGAUGAAAAGAAGAGAAGACAUGACAUCACUCAGAGAGGAGGUGCAGAAGGAGCACAAGGAGAAGGAGUAUGUACAAGAGACAUUAAUGAGGACAGAGAAGGAGGUGACUGCUCUCAAAGAGGAGGUGCAGAAGGAGAAGGAGUAUGUACAGGAGACAUUAAUGAGGACGAAGAAGGAGGUGACUGCUCUUAGAGAGGAGGUGCAGAAGGAGAAGGAGUAUGUACAGGAGACAUUAAUGAGGACGAAGAAGGAGGUGAUUGCUCUCAAAGAGGAGGUGCAUAAAGAGCACAAGGAGAAGGAGUAUGUACAAGAGACAUUAAUGAGGACAGAGAAGGAGGUGCAGAAGGACCAAAGAGAGAAGAUGGAGGCGCAGGAGGAGCUGAUGAAGAGAAGAGAAGAAGACAUGACAUCACUCAGAGAGGAGGAGCGCAAGGAGAAGGUGUAUGUACAAGAGGCAUUAAUGAGGACGGAGAAGGAGGUGCAGAAGGAGAAGGAGUAUUUACAGGAGACAUUAAUGAGGAUGGAGAAGGAGGUGACUGCUCUCAGAGAGGAGGUGCGUAAAGAGCACAAGGAGAAGGAGUAUGUACAAGAGACAUUAAUGAGGACAGAGAAGGAGGUGCAGAAGGACCAAAGAGAGAAGAUGGAGGCGCAGGAGGAGCUGAUGAAAAGAAGAGAAGAAGACAUGACAUCACUCAGAGAGGAGGAGCGCAAGGAGAAGGAGUAUGUACAAGAGGCAUUAAUGAGGACGGAGAAGGAGGUGACUGCUCUCAGAGAGGAGGUGCAGAGGAAGAGGGAGGAGGCCCAGGAGGAGAAGGAGAGUCUGACAGUGGCGCUCCAGGAGGUGACCAGGCUGAAGCUCCUCCUGCAGGCGAGCCAUGCAGAGGACGAGCGUCUGAGGAGCGCCCUGAAGGAGGAGGUGAAGGUCAGGGAGGAGGCGGAGACGGAGAGAGGAGAGCUGGAGGAGCUGAGAGCUCGAGCCAAGGCCCUGGAGAGGAGGAGGAGAGAGAUGAUGGAGGAGCUGGAGGAGGCCCAGCAGGAGAAGGACAAGGCAGAGGAGAGCUGGAGGAGCAGACUGCAACAGGUGGAGGAGGAGCAGGAGGUGAAGCUGAGAAAAGAAAUCCAGAGGCUGAGGGAGAGCGAGGAGGAGAGGGUGGAGGAGUUGAGGAAGGAGGCGCAGAAGAGCCAGAAAGGAGGCGAAGGAGGAGGAGAGCAGGAGGAGCAGGAGGAGAUCAGGAGGCAACUGAAGGAAAGAGAAGCUGAGGUCUACUUGCUGACUCAGAGGACAGACGAUCUGGAGAAAGACAGGGAUCGUAUCCGAUUGGCCUUGGAGCGAACAGAGGCAGCUGUGAUUGGCUCCAGGGAGAGAGCCCACCAACGGGGGCGGAGCCUGGGGUCGGAGCCUAUCGCUAACGAGGCCGUGGCCCCCCGGCUGCUCGUCCUCCAGCUGCUGGUCGCUGAACUCGAGCUGGAACAGAAACGACUGAACAAGAAAAACUUUCACCUGGAAAACCAGAAAGAGAAACUGAAGAAGGACAGACAGUCCCUGAAGGACACACUGAGACAGGUGGAGGUGGAGCGGUGUCGGUUCAGACAGACUGACAGCAGCCGAUCUCAGGCUGGAGACACCACAGAAGUAGAACAGCUGAGGAGCAGAGUGAGGGAGCUGGAGGACCAGGUGAGUCAGCUGCGGCUCUCAUUGGCUACCGAGCAGCAGCAGAGGGCGGAGUUCAUCGAUCAGUCCUUCAGGAACAGCCAAUGGAUGCUCUCUCUGAGGCACGACCUCACCGAUUCGCUGGCCGCCGUCACGCGCCAUCCAAUCCCGUCCGUCCUGGAGUCUGAGACGCAGCGAUUGGACCGCAGCCUGAGGGAGGAGGAGCUUAAGCUGUCCCUCAGCCAAUCGUAACGCCUGAAUACUAAAAACACUAAACUGAGGUUUUCAGUAUUUUUUCCAGCCCAAAAGAACAGAAACUCUGAAGAUGAGAUGUAAAUAUAGUUUAUGUUUUUAUACAAGAGUUUACUGUAGUUUAUACAAAGUACCUCCAGCAGGACCUGAGUGUUUGUCCUCAAAUGAUCUGAAGAGGACCCUGAACGUCACAUGAAACUUCUCUACAUGUGUAGUUUAUCUUUACAAAGUUUACAUGUUUAACUUUACAGAUGUUUUAAAGUUUACAUGUUUAACUUUACAGAUGUAGUAAAGUUUACAUGUGUAGUUUAUCUUGACAGGAACAUGGCAGUUGGUUGAUCAGUUAUUAAAGUUAUGAGCCAGUUACAGUAUUUAUUGAUUUGUAUUCUGGCGUGGCGCUCUUGGUUUCCCAUGAUCCUCUUGUAGAGGUCAGAGGUCAGCUGUGUGUGUUUUGUGUGUGAAGCUCAAUAAAAACAGGUUUUGAGGA